AUGCCCACUAUACCCUUUCUCGGCGCACUCUUCGGUUCUAGCUCAUCUAAAAUGUCAGACAAUACCUCUUAUCCAGUGCAGAAAACGGAAGGCGAGUGGCAAGCUCAAUUAAGCCCAGAACAGUUCAGAAUCCUCCGUAAGAAAGGCACCGAACCCCCAGGCAGCGGCAAAUAUGAUAAACACUACCCCUCCGCCGGCGUCUAUACCUGCUCGGGAUGCGAUGCGCCACUCUAUAAAGCUGAUCACAAGUUCGACUCAGGCUGCGGAUGGCCGGCAUUUUGGGACGCGGUACCUGGGGCCGUGGGGCAAAGAUCAGAUCCCAGUAUGGGCAUGAUGCGCACGGAGAUCGUGUGUAAUAAUUGUGGCGGACACCUGGGACAUAUAUUCAAGGGAGAGGGUUUUGGAAAUCCAAAGGAUGAGAGGCAUUGUGUGAACAGCAUCAGCAUAAAUUUUAGCCCGGAAGAAAAGAAGGAGUGA